AAUAUACAAGCUGCUCGUAAUACACUAUACGUAAUCGUCGUCGAAUAAAAGAUAACUCAGUAUCUGUAUCCGAACAUUGGGGGCGAGAUCGUGCAUAUUGUGAUGCUGUGUUUUGUUUGAAAAAAUCUCGAAUUUUAAUUCAAAUCUCGCCGAGUUGUGGGCUAUUUGUCGAGAAAAUUGGUGAAAUUCGAGAUAAAGUAGUAAAGAAGAUAAUACUCGCGAGGAUUUUGCAGCUUUAUUGGCUAAAAAGCUGGAAAAGUGUAUUGAUCAGUGAUCGAAAGUGACGAUGAUUUGAAUUACCGUAUACUUAGAUAUUUUAUUGUUAUUCAUGGUUUUUGUCGCGCGAUUUAAUCCGCUCAAAUUGUGACGCGAUAACAGGCCUAAGGAUCGAAUCACCUUGCUAAUGAUGCUUAGAGAAUCUCCUUUCAAGCAUUACAACAUUCAUUCUUUGAUUAAAGGAAUGAAGGGCUGGAAAAAUAAAAGCGAAAACGGAAUUGCGACCAAAAAACCGUAUCAUUUUACAACCAACAAUUUUACCAGCAAUCGUAAUAGUAACACUAUUUCCAAUGUAAAAAAUCGCAACAGAAAACAGACAGAGCAUCGGCAUUGCGCAGCUUGCACCGAACCAAUCACCGAUAAGUAUUUGUUACAAGUAUCCGAUCAAUCGUGGCAUAUUCAAUGUUUACGAUGCUGUAUAUGUCAACUAGUACUGGAAAAACAACCUUCUUGUUACAUCAAAGACGAUUCCAUUUAUUGCAAACAAGACUACGCCAAAAGUUUCGGAGCCAAGUGUUCGAAAUGUUCGAGAGGAAUUUCAGCCACCGAUUGGGUACGAAAAGCGAAAACCCAUGUUUAUCAUUUGGCCUGUUUCGCGUGUGAUGCGUGUAAAAGGCAGCUCAGCACCGGAGAAGAAUUCGCCCUGCAUGAAGAUCGAGUUUUGUGCAAAACGCAUUAUUUAGAAUUGGUCGACGGCGGUACGACGAGCUCGGAUGAUGGCGGCGAUUCCGAAGGUUAUCAUAGCAAAAAUAAAGCGAAACGUGUCAGAACUACCUUUACCGAAGAACAGUUGCAAGUUCUGCAAGCCAAUUUCCAACUCGAUUCGAAUCCCGAUGGCCAAGAUUUGGAAAGAAUAGCUCAAAUUACCGGAUUAAGUAAAAGAGUCACGCAAGUUUGGUUCCAAAAUUCCAGAGCUAGACAGAAAAAACACCUGCAUACGAGUAAAAUCAAACCGUCAUCGAUGUCUAAUAACAACGGCGGAUUAUCAGAAUCGAAUAAUUACUCUCGUCAAAUAAAUCUCCAACUAACGUACUCCUUUCAGCAUCAGCAACAGCAUAAAACAUCUCCAAUCUACAUUCCGCAACAUACAGCGUCUGAAUCAUCAUCGCUGGAUGAACUUUCGCAAGAUUCAAUGCUGCUGUGUCCAAUGCGAGGAGAAGGAGUCUGAAAGCGUCCAUCACGACCGCUGAUUCUGCUGGACAAGUCACCUGUAGUAAAAAUAUUAUAAUUGUGCUGUGAUUUAUUCGUAACAUAUUUUAUUUUUCUAAGAACUCGUGUACAUAACUAUUUAGUUAUACAAUUGAAUAUAGAUCUAUGAUGCAUAGUUUUUCGAUUAACUGCUACAAUUUACAAUGCAUUCAACGCUUUAGUUUUGUAAAUUGUUUUAAUACAUUUCAUUUUUCUCUCACGUUAACCAUUAGUAUUAAUUGCUUUCAAGUUUUAAUUGUGCUGUAUAUUACAAAAUGAUUGUAUACCUGUGUAAAGAUAAUCUCACAACGUUGUUCUUAAUUGUAACUUGUUGAUUUUGAUUCGUAUAUAAGUAGAGAUCCUACCUCUACGGUAGUGAUAUGAUUAAUGAUUAUUUUUCUUCGUCAAAUUAUGUACUUUUUUUUCCUCAUCCAACGUAUACAGAGUAGCAUUUUUGGAAGAUUUGUGAUUUAUAAGCGAAAUGUAAUGUGCUUUUGUGUAAAGUUAACUGUUUAUGUAUGAAUUUUAAGUUGGUGUUUCGAAGGUACAAAUACCAAAGAAUGUUAUUAAAAUGCUUUUCGAAAUUUUCA